AUGCCCUCUGUGGUGACACAAUCAGAACAAGCUGUACUGGUGGGACGACAAGCCAUUGCCUUGGAAGCCGAACAAGGAUCCUACCGAAAUGUCAAACGAAUAUUGGGGAGAGGGGCUCAUGCGGCCCAGGAAUCGCUAGAAGUGGUACCUUUUCUAUUUGCAAACCAACAAAACAGGGAGGAUAAUAAUACUGCCAAGAAAAACAAAAAGAAGAAACACAAGAAAAAGAAAAAAGUUGACAGUCUUUCCAAUCAGAUAAAGGACGCCCAAGAAAAUCCUGCCAUGUUGCUGUCAUCCGUGGAUCAACAAUCCAGUAUCCUGCCAGCCGAAAUAUCGGCACACAUUCUGAGAAAGCUCAUUGAAACGGCAGAAGAACAUGCGCAACAAAAGGUGACCAGAGCUGUCAUUGGAGUGCCUGCUUACUUUCAUGAUGAACAAAGGGAUGCCACUAUUCAAGCUGCAAACUUGGCAGGAAUCGAUAAGGUCAAACUACUCAGAGAACCGGAAGCAGCUGCACUGGCGUAUGGUGUUGGGAGACAACAACAAUUGACUCGGACUGUUGAAAAGUUAAAUAAUGAUGAUGACGACGACGACGACGACGAACUGGUUUUGGUGUUUGACUUGGGAGGGGGCACCUAUGAUGUUAGUAUGCUGCUGGUCGGUGGAGGGCUCACCGAAAUCAUCACCACAUCUGGCGACAGCCAACUCGGUGGAUCCGAUUUUGAUGCGAAAGUGGCGCAACACAUGCGUCAAGUUCUCGCUAUUCAUGGAUUGACACUGUCGAGUAGCAAUCGGAAAGGUAGAUCUACAGAUCCUUGCUCGGCCACGGAUGCCAUUGUUCGGUCGGCUGAAAUGGUCAGAAUAUACCUCAGCAACAACAAGCGAGUCAGAAUGGCAUUGCCACUACAAGAAGACGCGUGGAGUCAUAUGCCCCAUGCCUCGGACAUUAUAAAACCUUUGGACUUCCAGCUUGACGACGACGAUGACAAACCCGUCACUGCAGAAGGUGUAUCCAACACGACACAUGUCCUUUGCGAAUUGACACGACGAGAUAUGGAGAGAAUGUGCCAGGAGCAGUUCUUGGCGCUACUCCGGCCCAUUCGAGAAGUGGCCAUCAUGGCAGGAGCCUUGCUACCCGGUGAUACCAGUCCCACCAUAGUGGAAGCAGCCAUGCAAAUGGAAGAGGAAUUCUCGUCUUCCUUGAUGUUUGAAGACUUUUAUGACGAGGAAAGCCUAGACAAGAAGGAGGACCCAACCUCUGACGACAGUGAUAUAGACGAGACGAUUCUAUUGCAGCUCCAAGAUGGGCUGGACGAGACGAGCGUGAAGGCUCAGAAAAGGGCCCAGCAACGAGGACGAAAGAAAGCCCGUGAUGUCACCAAGCGAGAGCGCAAGUUCCGCCAAGAAAAGCGCAAGCUUGCGGAAGAAACACCUGCUGCAGAUGUCACGGAUACCAAAGUGCGGGAUGGAAUCUCUGGUCGACCCAUUUCUCGCGUGGUUUUAGUGGGCGGAGCCACUCGCAUGCCCGCCAUUGGACGACUUCUUGCAGCACUGACGGGUGUAGUCCCUCAAAAGACAGUCAACCCCGACGAAGCAGUGGCAUUGGGCUGUGCUGUCCAUGUGGGAGUAUUGGAUGGAAAGGAAGACAUGGGAACAGUGUUGAACCCAAUGCAAGCCGCAAUUUUGAGAGCUGUGGCGGAGCAGCAACAGCAACAAGGUCUCUUGUCGAGUGAUGAAUUUGACGAAGAGGAGUUUGAUUCUGUCGAGUACUUUUGA